AUGGAUAUCAAUGAAGAAUUGCGUUAUGGUGCAAAAAUUAUAUCUGAAUUAAAUGUUUGCAAUAAAACGUUGCGAGUUGAUCAAUUAAAACAAAAUAAGAAGUGGGAUUGGGAAAGAAAACAGUGGGAACAGGAGAGAAAAAAAUGGAGUCAGAAACUAGGUGGGUCCAAUGCUAUAAUCCAGAAAUUACGUACUCAUGAUCUUGAACUUAUUGAUGAAGCUAGACAUUUACAGAUUGAAAACGCUAAUAAAGACAUUUCUCUUGCGAAGUCCAAAGCUGAGAAUGAUAUAAAAUCCAAGAAAAUCAAAUCACUCGA